AUGUCGGCUUCCCGCUCCUCGAGAGACCUCCUCGUGCUCUCUCGCCAACUGACCCGGUCGAGCACCUCCACGACGGCCGCCGCCCGCCUCCACACCCUCCAGCCCCGCCUCCGCCCUUGCUCACGAUCUUCGACGAGCAGCGGCGUUGCACAGACGCGGACGCAGACACAGACGCAGACGCAGACUCGCGGCGUCGCGACGUUUACACCACCCCACCAAGCCAGCGCCAUCUCCCUCGUCCAGACCAACGUCGACCCGUCCUCGGAUGAGUUCAGGGAGAACGAGCAGGGCAUGGCCGAGGUCAUGGCCCGCAUGCAGACCCUGACGACGCGCAUCCACCGCGGCGGCUCGGACAAGGCCCGCGCGAAGCACCUCGCGCGCAACAAGAUGCUGCCGCGCGACCGCGUCACGGCCCUCAUCGACCCCGGCACCACCUUUCUCGAGCUCUCGCCCCUCGCCGGCCACGAGCUGUACCCCGAGGCCGACGUGCCGGCGGGCGGCAUCAUCACGGGCGUCGGCGUCGUCGAGGGCGUCACCUGCGUCAUCGUCGCCAACGACAGCACCGUCAAGGGCGGCACCUACUACCCCAUCACCGUCAAGAAGCACCUGCGCGCCCAGGCCGUCGCCCAGGAGAACAGGCUGCCGUGCAUCUACCUCGUCGACAGCGGCGGCGCCAACCUGCCGCACCAGGCCGACGUCUUCCCCGACCGCGACCACUUUGGCCGCAUCUUCUACAACCAGGCCCGCAUGAGCGCCCAGGGCAUCCCCCAGAUCUCCGUCGUCAUGGGGCCCUGCACCGCCGGCGGCGCCUACGUGCCCGCCAUGAGCGACGAGAGCAUCAUCGUCGAGAACCAGGGCCACAUCUUCCUCGCCGGCCCGCCCCUCGUCAAGGCCGCCACCGGCGAGGUCAUCUCGGCCGAGGACCUCGGCGGCGGCCGCCUGCACUCGUCCGUCUCGGGCGUCACCGACUACCUCGCCGUCGACGACGCCCACGCCCUCACCCUCGCCCGCCGCAGCAUCAGCAACCUCAACUGGCCCGCCCGCAGCCCCGCGACCCCGGCCCCGGCCGCCGCCUACGCCGAGCCCGUCCACCCGCCCGCCGAGCUCCUCGGCAUCGCGAGCACCAACCUGCGCAAGCCGCUGCCGAUCCGCGAGGUCAUCGCGCGCAUCGUCGACGGCUCCGAGUUUUCCGAGUUCAAGCGCGACUACGGCACGACGCUCGUCACGGGCUUCGCCCAGAUCCACGGCUACAAGGUCGGCAUCGUCGCCAACGACGGCAUCCUCUUUGCCGAGUCGUCCCAAAAGGGCGCCCACUUUGUCGAGCUCUGCACGCAGCGCGGCAUCCCCCUCGUCUUUCUGCAGAACAUCUCCGGCUUCAUGGUCGGCUCCGAGGCCGAGCGCGGCGGCAUCGCCAAGCACGGCGCCAAGCUCGUCACGGCCGUCGCCUGCGCCGACGUGCCCAAGUUCACCGUCGUCGUCGGCGGCAGCUACGGCGCCGGCAACUACGGCAUGUGCGGCCGCGCCUACUCGCCCCGCUUCCUGUGGAUGUGGCCCAACGCCCGCAUCGGCGUCAUGGGCAGCGAGCAGCUCAACUCGGUCAUGGAGACGGUCGGCAAGGCCGAUCCCGCCCUGAAGGACAGGAUAGAGAAGGAGAGCGAUGCCACGUUCUCGUCGGCAAGGUUAUGGGACGACGGCAUCAUCCCGCCACAGGACACGAGGAGGUACCUCGGACUGGGCCUGCGCGCGGCCAUGACGGGCCGGAAUGAGGUCAAGGCGGGCGAGACGAAAUUUGGAGUGUUCAGGAUGUAG